AUGGGGUUUAAGCGGCUGGUUAAAAGGACUAGCCAAGCUAGGAGGGCUAUGCUUGCGCUGAUAAGACUCCAGCAUGCACAGGAUGACUGUAAUGCUGGGUCCUGCCACCCGGCCGUUGGGGACCUCCUCCUGGGUCGCAGCAAGCAAUUAACGGCCUCGUCAACCUGUGGAAUGAACGGCCCUCAGAAGUACUGCAUUAUAGGCUACCUAGAGGCUGAACAGAAAUGCUUUCUCUGUGAUUCCAGAUACCCGUAUAAUCCCUAUACGCAGCACAACAGUCACAUGGUUGAAAAUGUUAUCACAACUUUUGAGCCUGAUAGGAAAAAAAAGUGGUGGCAGUCAGAAAAUGGCGUUGACCAUGUCAGCAUUAGAUUGGACCUAGAAACUUUAUUCCAGUUCAGCCAUCUUAUCCUGACUUUUAAGACAUUUCGGCCUGCAGCAAUGCUGGUUGAGCGCUCCACCGACUUUGGUCAAACCUGGAAAGCAUUUAGAUAUUUUGCACAGGACUGUGCAGCUUCUUUUCCCAACAUCUCUUCUGGUCCAGCAAAAAGUGUGGGAGACGUCAUCUGUGAUUCAAGAUAUUCAGACAUCGAGCCCUCUGCUGAAGGCGAGGUUGUUUUAAAAGCUUUGGAUCCCAGCUUUGAAAUAGAAAAUCCAUAUGUGCCAUAUAUCCAAGAGCUCAUUACAUUGACAAACCUAAGGAUCAAUUUUACUAAACUCCACACCCUUGGGGAUGCUCUGCUUGGAAGAAGGCACAGUGAUCCCCUUGAGAAGUACUACUACGCUGUCUAUGAGAUGGUUGUGCGGGGCAGCUGCUUUUGCAAUGGCCACGCCAGCCAGUGUGAUCCCAUGCAGAAUCUGCGGGGAGAUGUUUUCCAUCAGUCUGGGAUGGUCCAUGGGAGAUGUAUCUGCCACCAUAACACCGAAGGUUUGUCCUGUGAAAGAUGUAAAGAUUUCUACAAUGAUGCUCCCUGGAGGCCAGCUGAAGGGGCACAAGAUAAUGCUUGCAAACGGUGUAACUGCAACGGCCACUCUGGCAGAUGUCACUUUGACAUGGCCAUGUACCAGGCCAGUGGUGGGGUCAGCGGUGGUGUUUGUGAGGACUGUCAGGACAACACCAUGGGGCAACACUGUGACCAGUGUAAACGUUUCUUUUACCGGGAUCCAUUCAAAGUCAUCUCGGACCCUCACGUAUGCCUCCCCUGCAACUGUGACCCAGAAGGUACGUUGCACAACGGCAUGUGUGAGAGCCACACAGAUCCUGCUCUGGGAAUGGUUGCGGGCCAGUGCCCUUGCAAGAAAAACGUGGAGGGUGUCCACUGUGACAGGUGCAGGGCAAACUACUACGGGUUGAGCGGCAGUGAUCCUCUGGGCUGCCAGCCCUGCAACUGCGAUCCUUCCGGCAGUUUGCCUUUCUCCAUCUGUGAUCCUGCCACCGGAGAGUGCCUCUGCCAGCGGUUUGCCACGGGGCAACACUGUGAAAAAUGCCUUGUAGGAUACUGGGGUCUUGGCAACAGCUUGUAUGGCUGUUCUCCAUGUGACUGUGACAUUGGUGGAUCCCAGAAUAAUUUGUGCUCACCGAAGGACGGUCAGUGCAAGUGUCUUCCCAAUGUUGUGAGCCGCCAGUGUAACGAGCCAGCCCCAGGCUACUUCUUUUUACCUCUGGAUUAUUAUAUUUAUGAAGCUGAGCAUGCAAAGCCCCUUUCUGGCUCUGCACCCUUGGGUGCAGUGCAGUUUGGACAGGACUCGGCUGUGUCGGUGGUUUUCAGGCAGCCCAGCGCCGGCCGGUCUGUCACAUGGACGGGACCCGGCUUUGCCCGCGUUCCCAGCGGAGCUGGGCUGAGAUUUGCUGUCAACAAUGUUCCCUUUGCUAUGGACUUUGACAUCACAAUUCGUUAUGAGCCUGAGUCCUUGGAAGACUGGCUAGCAAGUGUUGCCAUCCAGCCCGCUGGUAUUUUGUCAAGUCAACGUUGCAAAAACAAGGGCCUUUCACAGGAACAACAUGCGUUGCCUCUCCCAGCUACAAAGAGGAUUGCACUUCUGCAAACUCCAGUCUGCCUGGAGCCAGGAGCAGAAUAUUCUGUGGAUGUGUAUUUUUCUCAGCCCUCUGCCUCUGACCCAAAGGCGAAAUCGUUCAUCUUGAUUGACUCACUUGGACUUAUUCCCAGAAUCAGCUCUGUGGAGAACUUAUGCAGUGAAAAGGAUUUAGAUGAGUACCAGAAGUAUCACUGUAUUGAAAUUGCAUCAGAAGUCGGACCUCAUGUCUUGCCUGAAGUGUGCGCACGGCUCAUAGUGAGCAUGUCAGCCCGUAUUCACAACGGCGCCGUCGCGUGUAAGUGCAAUCCCCAAGGGUCGCUGAAUGCCAGCUGCAGUAAACUGGGGGGCCAGUGUCAGUGCAAAGCCAAUGUCGUGGGACGCUGCUGCAACACCUGCUCUGCGGGCAGCUACGGCUUCGGCUUCCAUGGCUGCUACGCAUGCGAGUGCCACCCGCAAGGCUCGCUGAGCACGCUGUGCGACCAGGUGACAGGGCAGUGCUCCUGCCGCCGGGAGGUGGAUGGUCAGCGCUGCAGCCGAUGUCUGGCUGGGUAUUUUGGAUUUCCCUACUGCCGUCCUUGCCCAUGUAACGGCUAUGCGGAGCUUUGCGACCCAGUGACUGGAGUGUGCCUGAACUGCCGUGGGUUUACAGCUGGAAGCCACUGUGAAAGGUGCGUGGACGGCUAUUAUGGAAACCCUCUGAAGGGACAACCCUGCCGCCCAUGCAUGUGCCCAGGGGCACCUACAAGCAAUAGGUAUUUUGCACGUUCCUGUUACCAGGACUCCCAGUCUACACAACUAGUCUGCAAUUGUCUCGAGGGAUAUUCAGGCAAUCGGUGUGACGAGUGUCCUAGUGGGUUCUACAAAAACCCAGGCAGCCCUGGGCUUGACUGUGCACCAUGUCCCUGCAAUAACAACAUUGAUGUGACAGACCCAGAGUCCUGUAACAGGGUCACCGGGGAAUGCACCAAGUGUUUACACAACACCCAUGGAGCAAACUGCCAGUUCUGCAAACCAGGGUAUUUUGGCUCAGCCCUCAAUCAAAACUGUCAAAGGUGCACAUGCAAUCCAGUGGGUGUUCACCCUGCCAUGUGCCCGGGGGGGGACGCAGCCUGUCUGUGUGACCCAGCCACAGGAGCUUGCCCUUGUCUGCCCAACGUGGUGGGCGCGACAUGCAACCAGUGUGCCUCUGGCUACUGGGACCUGGCUAGUGGAAAAGGAUGUCAGAUCUGUGACUGUGAUCCAAAAAACUCCCAAAACAACCAGUGCAACCAGCUUACAGGCCAGUGUCCAUGUAAGCUAGGUUACAGCGGAAGAUGUUGCGAUGAAUGUGAGGAAAAUUACUUUGGCAAUCCCCAGACACAUUGCAUUUCGUGCGGGUGUAACCUGGAGGGAACCAGCCAGCCCAAGUGUGACAAAGCCACCGGCAUGUGUAACUGCCGCACUGGUGUCACCGGCUGGUUCUGUGACCAGUGCAGCCGAGGCUUUGAGAAAGACUUUCCUUCUUGCCGUCAGUGUCAUCUUUGUUUCGAUCAGUGGGACACUGAAAUUACUGCCCUUGCUCAGACUGUUCAGGGGUUAAUGAGGUUUGCUGCGAAUCUCGAAGAUAAAGGAGGACGAAUGCCCAGCUGUGACAUGCGCUUCAAAGCCUUUGAAGAUGCCAUUUCUGAAAUUGAAAGAAAUUUGAGACAUCCUGUUCUUUCACUGGAGGCCCUCUCAGGCAUCAAGGAUUUUCAGGGCUACGUUCAACAAAAAGUUGCACAAAUGGAUCCCCUUCACAGUACGCUGUAUGAGUUUCCUGACCUUAACAAGAACAUAGAAGACAUUGGGGAAGAAGCCGACCUAGUGUAUGAACUUCUACAACAGAAAAUACAUCUGCAUCAAAGUUUUAAUUACUUGAACCUCAAAGAGGCCAUCAGCAACAUUAGGAAACACUUUGAAGUAUCAUUGCUGGCAGAGCAGAAGACCAGUGGGACAACCCCUAUCAUAAGAUACUCACAGUACACCAGGAGCCACGUGCUCGCUAUGUUGGGACAUCAGGCCUUGAAAGAAAGCAAUGUGCUGGAGCAGCUCAAGAUGAUCAAGAGCCCCGACAUCCAAAACUUGAAUGAAAAGAUCUGUGGUGUGCCAGGAGACCAGCCCUGUGUCACAGCAGCCUGCGGGGGAGCUUUGUGCCAGGAUAGUCAUGGAGUCAGGCAGUGUGGUGGCCCAAACUGCAGCGGAGCUCUUCCCCUCUCCACUGAUGCCUUCAGAAAAGCUGAGGAGGCUGCUGUGUUGCUAAGUAACUUGACUACUCAGCUACGGGAACCUGAGAAUCAGGUUGAAAGCAUUAGAAAAAUGGCAGAAGACAGCAAGUUGAAAGGCUCACAAUUUAAUGGGCAACUGGAGACAGCUAAGAAUCAAAUUGAAGUUGACCGAGAGAUCACUAAGGAGUUCAUCCGAAAAGUGAAAGACUUCUUGUUAGAUGAGAGCGCGCCUCCAGAAGACAUUGAGAAGGUGGCAAAUUAUGUUCUGCAAAUAAACCUUCCCCUGACUCCACAAGAGCUCAUGGGCAUGCUUGGCAAAAUCAGGAGCAUUAUGAACCCCUGUGAGAAGUACAAACUGAAUGUGAGUAAGAGAAACAGAAAAAGGGAGGAAACUCAGACGCUGCUGGUGGAGGCACAAGAAGCCAACGAAGCAGCUAAAGCUCUUCUGCCUGUGGCUGAAAUUCAUAAUAAACUAAAAAAUGUUGUGAAGUCCCAAGGACACUCCAAAAACACCUUCAUAAAGUUAAACGAAGAGAUACGAGGCAUCAAAACACAAAUCUCACAGGCUGAGAACCAAGUGAACAAGACAAACGACAAACUGAACAACUUGUCAGCAAAACAGUCUGAGAUGGAGGAUGAAAUUGCCACACUGCAGGCAAAAAUGCUGAUGAACAAGAAUCAAGCUACAAAGGCAAGAGCAGGGGCAGAAGCAGCACACAAGCAAGCCCAGAAUAUUGAUAACGAAUUUGCUGACAUUAAAAGAAAGUACACUAUUCUUCAAGAAAAGCUAAAAGCCCGAGGACCUCCAAAAGUAACAUUAGAAAAAGUGAAGCAGCUGAAAGAAGCAGCAGAAAAACUGGCUGAAGAGACUGAAAAAAAAAUUAAAAGAAUAACAGAUUUGGAGAAGAAGCUUCAGGACCUGAAUCAAACCAAACAAGACAAGGCAGAGCAACUGAGACAACUAGAGGAACAAGUGAUAGCCAUUAAAAAUGAAAUCACGGAGCAGGAAAGCAAGUAUGCAACAUGCAAAAGUUAG